AUGCAUGGCAUCCAUCAACUACAAUUUUCUGCUGACUACGACUUUCUGAAUUCACCGUUUGUCAGCACUUCGACAAUUAGCUCUCUCAACUCCAUCCAAUUCGAAGUUGACAUCGAACAUAAUGUUAACCCCUCAAUGUCGAGAAAACGUGAAGAACUGUAUGCCAGGAGUAUUGGAUAUUGUGAAACGGUCGCCCGAGCUGUCAUUUCCAUGUUCAUUGUAGUCACUAUCUUUGUCGCCUGCUCUUGGUGGUCCCACGGUAACGCCUGA